GCACGCAUUUUGUUAGAUAAGGUGGUAGGUGAAUGACCCAAUACCUAGUAUUUAAGUUGGAGUUUGAUCAGCAGCAUUUCAUCCAUCAAUACAAAUUAAUUCUGUGUAUUUUGUAAUAUAUCAGAGAAGAUCACAUCCAUGGAAGCUAAAAGUCUUAUUAUGAGUGCUCUUUUGGUGAGCCUUGUUUUGGGACAAAUUCAAGUUGAGGCAAAGAGUUGUUGCUCAACCACCAAUGCCAGAAAUAUCUAUAAUACCUGUCGCCUUAUAGAGGGCUCCGAGUUAGCUUGUGCAAAACUCAGUGGAUGCAAACUUACUGAUGAUAGGAAUGCAUGUCCCACUGUCGAUGAAUACUGCAAGUUGGGGUGUGCAUCCUCCGUUUGCGCUGCCAUAACCACUCUCCAAAAUUCUGAUGCAAGUGAAGUUGUGAAUGGAGCAGUUGAAAAAUGUAACCAGGCAUGUUCUGCUUUCUGCACCAAGGGUUCUAUUAUUGCAACCUAAACAAGCAUUCGUGUAUGUAUAUCCACAUCUUUACCAUGUAAAGAUGAAGGGGGUAUACAUCCAUCUAAUAAGUGUUGCUUUUCUGGCUUUCAAUAAUUGUCAUGUAGUACCACUGUGACCUACUACUUCAAGGUGGUCAUUUUGAGAUGUUGGAAUUGAACAAUAUUUUGUUUUA